CCGUAUGUCUUUACUGCUGUUUCUACAGCAGACCAAACAUCACACCCGGCUUCAUUAGGAGGAUAAUUACUGUCAUGUUCAGAUACGCACCUAACGUUUUGAUGUCCCAGUUGGCCACACAUAGGUUUAACUACUAUAUGCUUCCCACUCAUACUAGGACGCAGACACGUACCUGUGCUAACGUGUGGUCGGGGUCCAAACAAAUACUUGUGAAAAGAUGGCAGUCGUCUACUGACCUCCAGUGAUGAGUUGUUGCAAUAUGGUCUGUGUUCACUGUUGGUUCGAUGAUGGCAGAUGCCAAAGAGUCCUAACUGAGGUGCCUACUAUGAAGGAUGUCAAUCAUUUUGAGUCAAAGAAGGCGCGAUUAGAUAGCAAUACUUCAAAUGCCGUACCUGAAUCGUGUGUUCUCCAUGUUCGUGGUCUGCCACCGGAUAUUACUGAACAUGAAGUUACGAUUUUAGCUAUACCAUUUGGUUCAAUUGCGAAUAUGAUACUAACCAAGAAAAAUUGUCAGGCUCUUAUUGAAAUGGAUACAUUGGAAUCGGCUGAAUCCAUGUUUGGUUACUACACAACUGUAUGCCCCCCAAAACUACGUGGCAAGUAUCCUGUGGAAAUUCAAUUUAGCAGAUACGCUUCUCUCAGCAACUCGAAUACUAAUAAUGCAACUGUGUCCGCUAUCGAGGAAGCUAAUAAACAGUUUGCAAAAUUUCGUUCCGAAAACGAAGAAUCUCCUAAAACUGUGUUGCAUAUUCAAGUGGAAAGAUUAUUCUCACCCACAGAGAUCGGUUACUUGCCAUUCUUUCUUGUAUGUGUUUAUUUUUCAAGUUACAAUAUGCUAAUUAUUAUUUAUACUGCAUUGUCAUAUCUAAUAAGUAUGGCGAUAUGUUUGUUGUAGAUCCGUUCUUCACUUCGAAUCUUUUCGUUGUGAUUUUUACUGUCAUGUGUAAUGAAGUGACUAGUAUUUAAAGUCAGUUCAUCUUAGAAUAGG